AUAGAGCAGCGCGUCUAGCACCUGUCUGUGCCAGUCCGUAACAACGCACCAAGGUAACCACGUCGUCGGUGAAAACUUCAGUAUCCGGUGCGGAAGAUCUUCGUGAUUCAUUACCUUUCAAGUGCACAGGGAGUACGAACAGCCGGAUAAAACAUUGAGAUAAGCUGAGGUGGGGCCGCACAAAAAUUAUGAUUGCAACAGCAUUUGUAGUGUUGUCAUUGGUCACGGGAAGCUUUGCCGGCUAUAUCGGCGCUGGCUACGGCCUCGGAUAUGGUGUCAGCCACUUCGGCGUGUCUAGAGGCUUUGGAUACUCUACUGUUACGGGAUUUGCCCACAGUAUUGGCUACGCUUCGCCGCACAAAUACUCUGUCAUUCCUGACGGCCCAGCACAUGCUCCUGUCGUGCCCCUGGUUCCGGCACACGUAGCUGUGCCAGCAGUGGUCGUUCCUGCAGGCGUGAGCACGGUCACAACGACUCAUCAUGUACCAGCAACAAUUACUACCGUCACUACAGUGCCAGCCACACUGACGAAGGUGACAACGUAUCACAGUCCUGUGGUUGGUUCGGAUAUACACCUGGCUCCGGUCUAUGGGCACAAGAUCGGAAGUCUCGGGUACGGAACAGGAAACUAUGGCUUCGGAUACGGUCUAGGGUCAUACGGCCUCAACUAUGGCUACGGCCUUGGUACACCUGUGCAGUAUCUGAUCCUGCUGCGUCGGCGAAAGUGAACAUCGGACAACUAACGCUUUGAAGUAUGACGUAUGCUUCUGCUACCCAUAAACAAAAUUCGGUCAAGCAACUGCAACGGAAAUGCGCAUCUAUUUUAAGUAGAUUUAGGCGUUAUCUAGUCUUUUUAAUAACUUUAUCGCUGUGUUUAUACGUAUUUCGGCUGGUAAUCUUAUGGUUAAUUGCUACGUAGCGAGAAGCAUGGAAUAAAUAACACUGGCAGCCCUGAUGGAGUACACGAUAAUAAAACAAGAACAUUACUACUGUGUUUACCACUAUAGGGUAAGCUGGAGUGAGGUAAGUGGGAUGCCAUUUCAAAUUCUUAUAAACUUCGGCGGUGACACGUUCUGGCUUUAUGUACCACCUAAAAUAGUGGAAAUGUUUGACCACUUGUCACAUGUGCGCUCGACAAUCUAACCAAGAUUUCUGGGUAGAGAGUCAGACCUCAAUGAAGUUGCGCUGUGACCAGCUUCACAUACCCGAUAAUUGUUGCAAAAGGAGAUAUUAAAAAUUCUAAAGGUUCUUUA